UGCACAAGUGGUUGAGGAAGGAGAAAAAAGCUCAGUACGAAAGUUGUUUGAGUAGAAUUCUGAAUGCAAAGGGAAGAAUAAGACUAAUAACAGAUGUGUUCAUCUAGAGGAUAUGCAAAGGUAUUCAUAAAGCACUGCUGUCUGCUGAAGGACAAGUUUAAAGAUACACAGUGGCACUGAAACUAAAACAGUGCCAUGAUCCAUUAUCUAAUAUGCUAUGAUAUGAUUAUCUAAAAUGCAUUCAAGAGAAAUUUAUGUGAAUUCUCCUCCCACUACAACUAUAAAGGGCUAGAAACUGAUAAGAACCAUAAACAAACACACACGCAAAAGAAGAGACAUCUCUCAUCCACUUCCUACUUUUUAGGUACACCCAGAUUAUAUUAGAGAUCAUACUAAGAGAGCAGAAACAUACCAGAGACAGCAUGAGGACGAUAAUUACAAUGAUCAUCAUUCUCUUCAUGACAUGUGUAGUUGCAGAUUCAGCCCAUACCAAAAUCAGGCAGAAGAGAGCAUGGAUCAUCGACUCGUUCACUAUAGAGGAAGAAUGUCCUGGCCCUUUCCCAUAUAUACUAGGCACCGUAAACCUGGAGAAGAAGUUUUGGUUAAGAUACAUUCUCGGAGGCAGUGGUGCAACUAUGAAUCCCAAAGGCGUGCUAAGUGUCAACGAUUACACUGGUGAAGUUCUUGUGCAUAAGAAGGUCGACUAUGAGGAGUUUAAAAAACUUUUGCUCAGGCUUGAAGCAAGGGAUAAAAAUGACAGAGUGGACACAAGACUUGGCAUUGAGAUCAAGAUCUUGGAUAUUAAUGAUCACGCUCCAGCUUUUAGUAAUAAAUACUAUGAAACAACACUCAACGAGUCUGUAUCUCAAGGUGAACUGGUUACGACAGUCUCUGCUUCAGAUGGUGACGACCCAACCACCCCCAAUGGCACCUUCAGAUUCACAGUCGCCUCUGUCACCCCAAAAACAGAUAAUGUGGAAUUUUACAUCAGUCAAAACAACAACACAGGAAGUGUUUAUUUCAAAGGCUGCUUGGACUACGAGAAAGCAAAGAAAUAUACCGUGCUGAUCAAAGCCACAGAUAAUGGAGACAAAGUACAGCUGUCCAGCACGAGCACAUUGGUCCUGAACAUCACUGACCAAAACAAUCACCUCCCUGAAAUCACUGGUCACACUGGUCCUGGAAAAAUAAAAGAACGAGAGAGCGGAGUGGAAGUUCUGCGUUUGCAGGUCACUGACAAAGACAGACAAGGGUCACCAGCCUGGAAAGCUAAAUUUACUCUUAUUGGAAAUCAGGAGAACUAUUUUAAAAUCCAGACAGACCCCAAAACUAAUGAAGGAAUCCUGACUGUUAUAAAGGCAAUGGAUUAUGAGGAGCAAACUUCAAAAAACGUGUCAAUCAUUGUGGAAAAUGAGGAGCCCUACUUCUUCUGUAAGGUGAAAACUCGUACUUCCCAAGGCUUAUGGGAUGUAGAGACUCGUUCCACAAGGUCCCGCACGGGUGUGCUUAUCCUCCCUAAGCCAUAUCUAGUCACUAUUGCUGUCGAGGAUGUCAACGACCCUCCAGAAUUUGUACCACCUGUUAGAAAAAUAAUGAUCAAGGAGAAUUCACUAGUAGGAACCCUCUUGGAUACUCUCACAGUCAUAGACCCAGAUAAGACAUAUGGAAACUCAUUUCACUUUGUUAAAGGAAAAGAUAAAGAUAACUGGGUAUCUGUAGAUUCAAAAACUGGUCAAGUUUCUGUGGCCAAAGUUAUGGACAGAGAAUCACCAUUAGUGAACCACAGUACCUACAGUGUUAUCGUGUACGCUGUGAAUAAAGCUCAGCCUCCACAGACCGGUACAGGGACACUGGUCAUCUACUUAGCAGAUGAGAAUGAUAAUGUACCAUUGUUGGUGGAGGAUGCAGUGAGUAUGUGUUUAUCAGAUGAGAAAACCAUGACUAACAUCACUGCUGUAGACCUGGACCUUCCACCAUACAGUGCACCAUUUCACUAUGAACUACUGGAAGAUGACCAAAUGCAAGGAAAAUGGAAGAUCGAACCAAACCAUGGGACGACUGUGAACCUAGUCAGAGAGACCCCAGUCUAUGCAGGCCAUUAUGAAAUUAAGAUCAAAAUAUCAGACAACCAAGGCUAUGGUUUGGUCCAAAAACUGUCCAUCACUGUGUGUGACUGCUCCAGCAAACCCAACUGCCACGUUCGCAGUUUCAUAUCGCAGCCGAGCCUUAGUUCCAGUGUGAUAAUGAUACUCGCUUUCCUGCUUCUGCUAGUGAUACUCCUGAUGACUCUUACUCUCUGCAAAAAGCAAAAGAAAACCAUGAUUCUGUCUGAUGAUACUCCUGGGAAUCUCAUUAUGUACAACAUUGAGAUGCCUGGCACAGACUGCAAGGUCCCAUCUGAAACAGCCCAUUUAAUCCAGAGCAGUGUGAAGAUGUCCAAUGGCAUUUUCAGACAGCAUUCAAUGCUGCACAAUGGUUCUACAAGAGGCUCUUAUCGUCAGAACAAAUAUGACAUGAAGGUUUUCUCCCCAAGGACAACUUCAGAAUCAAUGAGCAGAAACUGUGCUGCUUUGUACAUAAAUGACACUUACAUUAAAAAAAUCCUGUCAAAACGACUUGAUCAGCUCCAGACUCUAGAAGUGGAGCGCUGCGAUUAUGAGCCACACUGUUAUGCAAAUGAAUGAGAAGCCGAUCUUGAUGAAAACGCUGAUAACCUUCUCCAUUCCCAAGGGUGAUUUUCAUCUGGAUGUCAUCACAAUCCUACACUUAACAAACCUGGCAGUUGUGUACAGGCCUGAUUUAAUAGGAACUCCCCCAAAAACGUAAAGAUAAUGUGGGUAGAUUUUCUGCAACUGGAUUCAGUGGUACAACUCAAACUUACACAAAAGGACUUUGUAACAGAUUCAUGGAAUAAAAUAAAAUAUGCUUGGCAAAAAUGACAAUUCAUUUAGAGGAAAAGACUUCAGAAACAAAAAGGAUCUAUCACACUAUCUUGGCCAGCCAUGAAUUUCUACAGAUCCUUGCAAUCAUUAAGUAGCAGUCAAAGAGAACUUUUGCCACCUUGCAUUUUUUUUUAAUGCAGUUUACCUCUCAACUUUUAAAAAACAUAACUUCAGCUAAUUACUUUCCAUUACUUUCAAUCAAAAAAGGCACUGUGUCCACUGCUUUAUUUCAAGGGGACUUCCACUGGAAGCUCUAUUUUUGUCUGAGCAUAAUUUACUGUUUAAUGCUGAUGAGUUACGAUGGUUGGUCAUAAGCCAAUUUUAUCCAUUUGUUCAAUGUGUCUAGUUUUUCUCUUUGUUGCUAUUUUCAUACUCAAUAAUAAACACACAUGCUCUGAUGCAAAA